ACUCACUCUCUUUGCUCUGUCUCUCUCACACACGCUCACUCUUUCACACCUUCACUCUUUGCUCUCUCUCUCUCUCUCCCUCUCUCACACACGCACACUCUCUCUCUCUCACACACACACACACACACACAUGCUCUCUCUCUCUCUCACACACACGUGCUCUAUCUCUCUCGCUCUCUGUUGGUCCCUGGGUGGAUUUGAAUGAAGGCAGGUUCAGCUUUUCCACAGAACCCAGCGCUCCUUCCUUUCCUGCACUGAGGAACAUGUGGCAGUCGGUGGCUCUCCUGCUGAUCGGAGUCUCAGCACUGAUCCAGGUGUCGCUGCAGGGCCCCCACCAGCGCACUCUGCUGAAAGACUUACUCAAGGACUACAACCGCAUGGAGAGACCGGUCGCCAACGACUCGCACCCCCUGACCGUCAACCUAUCCAUGAUCCUCGUUCAGAUCAUGGACGUGGAUGAGAAGAACCAAGUGCUCACCACCAAUGUCUGGCUGCAAAUGCACUGGUACGAUCACUACCUCCAGUGGAACCAGUCGGCCUACCCCGGGGUAAAGAACUUACGAUUCACCACCGACCAGAUCUGGACCCCCGAUAUCCUCCUGUACAACAGUGCAGAUGACAAGUUUGACUCCACAUUUAAGACCAAUGUGAAGGUGAACUCCAAUGGUUUUUGCCAAUACCUGCCCCCAGGCAUCUUCAUGAGCACGUGUAAUGUGGACGUCCGCUGGUUCCCCUUCGACAUCCAGAAGUGCGAGCUGAAGUUCGGGUCCUGGACCUUCGACGGCUGGCUGCUGGAUCUGCAGAUGAGUGAGGCGGACAUCUCGGGGUUCAUGCCCAACGGGGAGUGGGACCUGGUGGGGGUUCCGGGCAUCCGGAACGAGGUGUACUACGACUGCUGCAAGGAGCCGUACCCGGACGUGACCUUCAUCGUCACCAUCAGACGGCGAACGCUGUACUACGCCCUGAACCUGCUGAUCCCCUGUGUGCUCCUCUCCUCCAUGACCCUGCUCAUCUUCCUGCUGCCCGCAGACUCUGGGGAGAAGAUCUCUCUGGGAAUCACAGUGCUUCUGUCUCUCACUGUUUUUAUGCUGCUGGUUGCUGAGAUAAUGCCAGCCACAUCAGACUCAAUACCACUGAUUGGCCAGUACUUUGCCAGCAUCAUGAUCAUCGUGGGCAUGUCCGUCAUCGCCACGGUGGUGGUGCUCCAGUACCACCAUCACGACCCCAACGGAGGAAACAUGCCCAAAUGGGUGCAGCUGAUCCUGCUGCAGUGGGUGGCCUGGUUCCUCCGGAUGAAGCGUCCGGGGGAGGGAGACGACCCGGAGCGGCCCCCCUGCGCCCCCCACCUGCGCCGCUGCUCCUCGGGGUCCCAGAGCGGGAGCCUCCCCAACCCCGCCGGGCCCUCCCUGCACCCCCUGCACUCCCAGAACCUGGCGCCCCCGCUCCAGUCCCACCCGGGCCACUCCCACCCGCACGCCCCGCCCGGCCCCAACAACGGCAGCCUGCUCUACAUCGGGUUCCAGAACCUGGACGACCCCGUGUCCGACCCCACCCUGAGGGCCGGCUCCCUGGCCCAGCGGGCGGGGCCCGGGGGCGUGGCCGGGAGCCCCCCUCCCCACCUCCCCUCCCAGUUCUGCGGCCCGCAUCCGCCCGCGCCCAGCCUGGACACCAUGGGCUGCCCCGGCUCCGUCUCCGGCGGGUUUGGGCUGGGGGGCGUGCCAUGCCUGGCGGGCUCCCAGAACGGGAUGGCGGGCGACCCCCAGCUGCAGGCCAUCCUGGAGGAGGUGCGCUACGUGGCCGACCGCUUCCGGGAGCAGGACGAGAACGAGGUGCUGGCCGAGCAGUGGAAGUUCGCGGCGGCCGUCAUCGACCGGCUCUGCCUGGUGGCCUUCAGCGUCUUCAACAUCAUCUGCACCAUCUCCAUCCUCAUGUCCGCCCCUAACUUUGUGGAGGCAGUGUCCAAGGACUUCAUCUGAGGGCUAGGGGCCUGAGCCUGAUUUAUACCCAUCCCGCAGCCCUUGUGAUAAGUGUCGCACAACAAAAAUGAGUGUGUCGUAAAACGUUUUGCAUUUAUACUUCAGCGAAGGUCUGUGGGGAAGGUUCUAUUGUCUCUAUGGUAAUGAGACGUCAAACUCCUGACAGUUUGACAACUCCUGACAGCCGAACUCCUGACAGUUUGUUUUAAUUUUUUGAAAACAAGACGUCUCCAUGACAAUGCCUUGAUGGUGCUCCAUCUGGCUGAUCCUCUCCAAUGAACAUUCCGCAACAAAUUCUACAGGUGUGCGACACUGAGAAAAAGUGUUGUACGACACUUCUUUUCAGUUGAAAAUGCAUUUUCAUCAUACGACACUUGUCGCAAGUGACGAAUAUGAAUCAGGCUUUACAGUGGAAGGGGUGGGGCUAGAAAA